AUGUCCUUAGUAGUCGCUGCUGACAAAGGCAAAGGCUUUCUUGCACAGGCCAACAACGUAAAAGUUGCAGUGGCGUUGGCACUUGCUACUCCAAACGUCGAAAUCUCCAGGUCAGAUGACUCAUCUCUCCAGCUCAAAGAGGUGAAGUCUGCAUUUGAGCUUGUAGAGCCAAAUGCUAUAGUUAAGUAUAUCACUGGAGAUUUCAGCAAUGGUGUUAAUAUCCUGACUGAGGAGACGGACGUUUACCAGGCGUUGAAAUCUGGGAAGAAAGAACUAGCUGUGGAAGCGUUGAAGAAGUUAGAGACGCCACAGGAUACGAAAGAGCUGAGCGCUAAUAUAAUCGUCUUUGGUGCUGUGUACCCUUUCUUGACGGAUAUUCAAGAAACUAGUAUUGGUAAGUGGGCUGCUGAGUUCUCCAAAAAUCCCAAGGUAGCUGAAGGUAUUGCCAAAGCUAAGACUGUUACCAAGACUGAGAGAACCGUUGCAUCUGCCACGGGCGCUACUCGUGUCAAGACAGGAUACUUGGUGAAGGAGCAAGGCGACAACAUCCAGCCUAAGGAAAAUGAAAGAAACAUCUUGAUCACGUCGGCGUUGCCUUACGUGAACAACGUUCCUCACUUGGGUAACGUUGUCGGCUCGGUGCUUUCCGCAGACAUCUACGCCCGUUACGCGAAGAACAGAAACUACAACGCUCUUUUCAUUUGCGGUACCGACGAAUACGGUACUGCUACGGAAACGAAGGCUUUGGAGGAGAAGAUUACGCCCCAGCAGCUCUGUGACAAGUACCAUAAAUUGCAUAAAGAGGUUUACGACUGGUUCGACAUAGAGUUUGACCAUUUCGGCCGUACUACUACCCCAUUACAGACCGAAAUUGCUCAGGACAUAUUCAUGAAAUUGCACAAAAAUGGUUACUUGGAGGAACAAACCACGGAGCAGUUGUUCUGUCCAGUGCACAAGGCUUUCUUGGCUGACAGAUUCGUUGAGGGAACCUGUCCAAAGUGUGGUUACGAGGAUGCUCGUGGCGACCAGUGUGACAAGUGUGGCGGUUUGUUGAACCCCUUGGAGUUGAUCAACCCCAGAUGUAAACUUGAUAAUGCCACUCCUGUGGUGAAGGAGUCUACACAUAUUUACUUGAAGCUAAACGAGCUAGAACCCGAACUCAAAAAGUGGGUGGAGGAAGCCUCUGAAAAGGGCUCCUGGUCCAAGAAUUCUAAGACCAUCACCAACUCCUGGUUGAAGCAGGGUUUGGAGCCUAGAUGUAUCACCCGUGACUUAUUCUGGGGAACACCUGUGCCUUUAGAGAAUUACGAAAACAAGGUUUUGUACGUGUGGUUUGAUGCAUGUAUCGGAUACGUUUCUAUCACUGCCAACUACUUCAAAGACAAAUCGGAACCAAAAGCUUGGGAGAAAUGGUGGAAGAACCCUGAAAACGUCCAAUUGUACCAGUUCAUGGGUAAAGACAACGUUCCCUUUCACACGGUUGUUUUCCCAUCUUCGGAAAUCGGCACCAAGGAGAAGUGGACCAUGUUGCACCAUUUGAACACCACAGAAUACUUGCAAUACGAGGAUGGUAAAUUCUCCAAGUCUCGUGGUGUCGGAGUUUUUGGUAACAAUGCCAAAGACACUGGAAUUUCUCCGUCCGUAUGGAGAUACUACUUGGCGUCUGUUCGUCCAGAAAGCUCGGACUCUCACUUCUCGUGGAAGGAAUUCGUCACUAAGAACAACUCUGAGCUUUUGGCCAACUUGGGUAAUUUUGUCAACAGAUUGGUGAAGUUUGCCAUUGCCAAAUACAACGGUGUUGUUCCUGAGUUCGACCCAAGAAACAUUCCAAACUACAAGGCUUUUGAAGAUGAUGUCAACACGUUAUUGGCUCAGUACAUUGAGGCCAUGGAAGCCGUGAGCAUAAGAAGAGGUUUAGAGUUGGCCAUGUCUAUUUCCUCCAGAGGUAACCAGUUCUUGCAAGAGAACAAGUUGGACAACUCGCUCUUCAACGAUUCGCCCGAAGUUGCCGAUGCUGUUGUUGGUGUUGGCUUGAACUUGAUCUACUUGGUUUCUGCUGUCAUCAGUCCAUUCAUGCCAGAAACCAGAAACCAGAUUUCCGAGACCUUGGCUGCCCCACCAUUGUCGAUCACAGAUAAGUUCGAACUUGUGUUGGAGCCAGGCCACAACAUCGGCAAGGCCCAAUACUUGUUCAAGAGAAUCGACGAAAAGAAAAUAGACGAGUGGAAGGCCUUGUACGGCGGAAAACAGCAGAAGUAA